AUGGCCGACCAACCGCCCCUCGACACGCAGACCAGAGACUGGUUUGCCCGCAAACUUGGUGCCGUCGACGACGCCACCGUGGCGCGGCUCUGGGCCGUGAAACGGCUCUUCAACCUCUCCAACGACGACGUGUACAUCAACUGGGAGUCCUUUGUGGUGACCCACGAGCACGGCGAGAUGGACCCCAGCCCCUCCAGCGUGGACAAGUUUCAGCACUACUUGCAGCAGCAGAUCUCGGCGGCGCCCCACAAAAAAACGCCGGCGUUGAAGAAAGUGCGCGAUCUUGCUGGCGCCAAGCGAAAGCCUGCGAUGGACUUCUCGUCCAGCCCCGGCGUCCAGCUCCCCAGCACGCCGCAGUUCAAAAAGGCGCGGCCCACGUCCUUGGCCAGCGAGCCGGACUCGUCGCCCACGCGCGGCAACCUCCCAUCCAGCCCGCUGAAAUCGGCGGCCGCGCCGCAGGAGAACUGCGUGGUGGAAACCUUGAACCCGCACGUGCAAGCGGCCCAGGGCGCCAGCCACAUGCAAGCGGAGCUAGGCGCCGACCCCGGCCCAGGUGCCGUGCAAGUGGUGCGCAACUACGAGCCGGCCAAGUUCCGGUUCCGCACCAUGGCCAUGAAGCUCCUCGAAAGCGCGGACGUGUUGGACGAGCAGAUCGACAGCGUCAGCCUGCAGAUGCUGGACAUGUACAAGGGCUCGGACGUCCUGCUCGGCAACCCGUGCAUGAGCUCACAGUUCGACAUCGUGUGCUGCGGGCGCAUUGUGCCGGACCUGCCGCUCUUCGACCUGCUGCUCGGCGCCUUGAACGACAAGUCGCUCUACUUGGAGACGUCGCGGUUGGGCGGAAUUGGCCAGCGCAUCCCCCUCGACGUGUCGCGCUUGGCCGCGUACUCGUUUUUCCCGGGCCAGGUGGUGGGAUUGAAGGGCCGCAACCCCACGGGCCGCACGUUCGUAGUGCACGAAGAGGUGCCGGUGCCGGGGCUCGGCGUGCCGGUGUCGUCGCUGGAUGAACUCCAGAAACACCGCGCCUCCUGCGGCCCCAAGGUGUUUGUUGCCGCGGGCCCGUUCUGCAACCAGCACUCGUUGGACUACGCCAAGCUCGCGGCGCUCGUGGCGCUCCUCAACGCCGAGAUCCGGCCGCACGUGGCCAUCUUGUUCGGGCCGUUCCUCGACGUGGCCAACACGGCCGUGCAGGCCGGCGACGUGCACCUCGAGGGCGUGCCGCCCAGCCAGCAGCCACGCACCUUGGACGAGCUCUUCCGACUCCAGGUCACGCCGCUCUUGAAGCAGAUCGACCGCAACAUCCACGUGAUCCUUGUGCCGUCCUUAAGGGACGCGGCCAGCAAGCACGCGUCCUACCCGCAAGCGGCGCUCGACCGCAAGCGGCUCGGGCUCCCCAAAAACUUCCACUGCUACGCGAACCCAAGCUCUUUUUCUGUCAACGAGGCCUUGUUCGCCACGUCCAACAUGGAUGUGUUCAAGGACCUCAAGGACGUGUACAAGGCGUCGCCCGACGGUGCGGGCAACGUGCCGGCCAACCGCUUCGACCGCAUCGCUAACCACGUGUUCCAGCAGAAACGCUACUACCCAGUAUUCCCCGGGGCCGUGCGCAAGGCGCCGCUUUCUGCCUUAGAGUGCGACCGCGUGGCGGCGCUCAACGAGGGCGUGGCGGGUGAGGACUUGGCCGACAUUGCCGUGGGGGGCUCGUGCCUCGAGGUGCCGUACUUGGGGCUCACGGAACUAGUGGACUCGCUCCCGGACGUGAUGUUAAUUCCCUCGGAAAUGAACGCCUUCGCCAAGGUGGUGCGCGGCGUGGUCGUGGUCAACCCCGGCCAGUUCGUCCGGCCUAGCAAGGACGCGUCGCGUCUGGAGGGCAACUACGCGGUUUUGAGCAUCAAGCCGCCCGACGACGCGGAGCCCGACAACAUCGAGCCCGUGGAAAACUCCGACUUGUACUACCACAACAUCUACAAGCGGUGCCGCGUGGACAUCUACCGGAGCUGA